GCCGCGACCCGGCACUCGCCUGGAGCGCGCGGGCGAGGCGGGCGGAGCGUAACGGGACUCUCCGGGAGCAAAGCGGCGCGCUCGCACCGCUCGGCUCCUGGGCCUCCUGGACACGGCGGCGGCGGCCGGGUCGCAGCGCUGAGCGAGCGUCCGGGAAAGGCGACUGCAGCCCCGGUGUGCGGCCCCGCUCCCUGUCGCUACCCCAGCUCGGCCACCCCUUAACCAUGGCUCUGGCUGACAGCACCCGUGGAUUACCCAACGGGGGCGGUGGGGGCGGUAGCGGCUCCUCGUCCUCCUCCACGGAGCCGCCGCUCUUCCCCGAUAUCGUGGAGCUGAACGUGGGGGGCCAGGUGUAUGUGACUCGGCGCUGCACGGUGGUGUCCGUGCCCGAGUCGCUGCUCUGGCGCAUGUUCACGCAGCAGCAGCCGCAGGAGCUGGCCCGGGACAGCAAAGGCCGCUUCUUUCUGGACCGAGACGGCUUCCUCUUCCGUUACAUCCUGGAUUACCUGCGGGACUUGCAGCUUGUGCUACCCGACUACUUCCCCGAGCGCAGCCGGCUGCAGCGUGAGGCCGAGUACUUCGAGCUGCCCGAACUCGUGCGCCGCCUCGGGGAGCCCCAGCAGCCUGGCCCGGGGCCACCACCGCACCCCAGGCGCGGGGUGCAAAAGGAGGGCUCGCUGGGAGACGAGCUGCUGUCGCUCGGCUACGCGGAGCCGGAGCAGCAGGAAGGCGCCUCCGCCGGAGCGCCGUCGCCCACGCUGGAGCUGGCGAGCCGCAGCCCGUCCGGGGGCGCAGCGGGGCCGCUGCUCACGCCGUCCCAGUCGUUGGACGGGAGCCGACGCUCGGGCUACAUCACCAUCGGCUAUCGCGGCUCCUACACUAUUGGGCGGGAUGCGCAGGCGGACGCCAAGUUCCGGCGAGUGGCGCGCAUCACCGUGUGCGGCAAGACCUCGCUGGCCAAGGAAGUGUUCGGGGACACCCUGAACGAGAGCCGGGACCCCGACCGACCUCCGGAGCGCUACACCUCGCGCUAUUACCUCAAGUUCAACUUCCUGGAGCAGGCUUUCGACAAGCUGUCCGAGUCGGGCUUCCACAUGGUGGCGUGCAGUUCCACUGGCACCUGCGCCUUCGCCAGCGCCGACCAGAGUGAGGACAAGAUCUGGACCAGCUACACCGAGUACGUCUUCUGCAGGGAGUGAGCUCCCCAGACCCCCUCGCGACUCCAGCGCACCCAUUUCCCUUUCUUCCUGCCCAGGAGAGGAUUAUAGAUCUCCCCUUCCACCCCUUGCCCUCUUAUUCCCCUGGCCCCCACCUCCAAUAGCUGCGCUGGUCCCCCUUGUCCCCACUUGAGAACUUGGAGCCGCAAAGCCUUUUGGCUUUUUCUUUUGUCUUCUUUGGACCCCACUAACCGAGAGGGCCCGGAUGUACCCGGUCCACCCUAUGCUUCCUCUGGCCCCUCCCUCUCCCGAAUUAUCCUUCAGUCUGGAGCUAGCGGGGCAGUGUGGCGCCAAGUCACCAAGUACCUGGGAAUGACUGAAUUGUUCAGAACCUGAUUGGAUCCUGUCCAGUGCGUGGAAGAUUUCCUUGAAAUCUUCUCCAGCACUUCGGACUCAUUCGAGGUUAAAGAGAUGGGAACUGAUAAUGCUGGGAAGAGUGGUUUUGGCCCUCUUGAGAAGUAGGGUUUUAGAAGGCUGGAUGGAACACUCGACCUGGAAUUGGGAUCCCAUGGAGGCAGUUCAGUGACUAUAAAUGAAUAAAGUUUGGAAAAGUUA